AUGCCAGAAGCAAAUAGUUCAACUUUAACAAGACAGGGUAUACCAAGGUUGAUGUCAACUACAAAAUCAAAUACAUCAACAAAUAAUUUAUCAGGUUCAGGGUCUAAUUCAAAUUCUGGUUCAAGUAGUCCUAAUUCUCCUGUUAUUGAAAGUGAUAAUAAUUUACAACAACCUCCAAGACGACCUUCAUUUGGUUUGAAUUUUUUAAAUAAUUUUACAAUGCGUUCACAAUCAGAUGCGCCACCACAACAACAACAACUUAUGUCAAAUAGUCCUACUAUUGCUAAUAUAAAUAAUUAUAUAGUUGAUGAUGAUAAUGAUAUAACAUCUACUUCAUUUCAUGACACAACUGAGGAACAACCACCACAAACAUCUUCACGUCCACAACCUCAACAUACAUCCACAGCAGUUUCAUCUUCAACAAUUAAUAAGUUGUCAAGUGCAACUACUGAAAAAGAUAAAACAGAUAAAGAUGGUCAAUAUUCAGUAAGAUUAACACCAUUAAUUGAUCAUUCAUCAUCAUCAAGUGGAUUAUAUUUUAGUCCAAUUAUAAGAAAAUUAAAACCAAAUUCAAAUUUAAGUAUUGGAAGAUAUACUGAAAAAAAUAAAGCAGCAGCUCAUGCAAAACAAGGAUCAAGUGCACCAGUUGUUUUUAAAUCAAAAGUUGUUAGUCGAACUCAUGCAUUAUUAGAAUGUAAUGAAGAAGGUCAAUGGUUUUUAAAAGAUUGUAAAAGUUCACUGGGUACUUUUUUAAAUCAUAUAAGAUUAUCACCUGCAUCACAAGAAUCUUUAAUGAUGCCAAUAAUAGAUGGAGAUAUAAUUCAAUUAGGUAUGGAUUAUAGAGGAGGAACAGAAGAAGUUUAUAGAUGUGUUAAAAUGAGAUGUGAAUUUAAUAAAAGUUGGCAAAGAAAAGUAAAUCAAUUUAAUUUAGAAAUUCAUCAAAAAUUUAAAAAUUUACAUUUAAAUGAUGAAUCAUCACCAAUAAAUACUGAAAAUAUUCAAAAUAAUGGAGAAUGUGCUAUAUGUUUAAUGAAAGUUGAUCCAUGUCAAGCUAUAUUUAUAAGUCCUUGUUCUCAUCAUUGGCAUUAUAAAUGUAUUAGACCUAUAAUUAUAAAAAGUUAUCCUCAAUUUUAUUGUCCAAAUUGUAGAACAAUGUGUGAUUUAGAAACUGAUUUAGAUGAUGAUGAUGAUGAAGAUGAUGAUAAGGAUGGAAAUAGUUGA